GUGGUCACAUUACGCGUUUCCCCCUUUUUUUUCAAGCUCUCGAACGCGUGGUCACGCGUGACGGAUAAGUUCAACCGAUAGCCGGUGAUUAUCUCAUCAAAGUAUUAGGAAUGAGAUAGCAAUAUCGAGCGACGCUCAGCCGCGAAGGGAGAUUAGUCGCCUAAAUUGCCGACACCAUCAUUCGGUCAUCAUUUGUGAAAACGAGGCAAAGUCUUUUUUUUCUCAUUCGGUGUUAAAAUCUCUUACGAGGUUAACCAUGCUGCGAGUCCUAGGUCGUUCGAUGCUUCCUGUGCAGCUUUUCGGGAAGGCCACGGAGAUUGUUCGCGUAUCUAGCGUGAGAUACUUGAAUUUACUGGAGUACCAGAGCAAAGAGCUCCUGCGGGAUUCCGGUGUGUCGGUGCAAAACUUCGCCAUCGUCGACGACCCAACCAAGACGAGUUCCGCCUUGGAGAAGCUACAUACCGAUGAAUUUGUGAUUAAAGCUCAAGUCUUAGCUGGCGGUCGUGGGAAAGGAUGGUUUGAUAACGGAUUCAAAGGAGGUGUGCAUCUCACUAAAGAUCGUAAUGCUGUUGCAAAUUAUGUGAAGAAUAUGUUAGGUCAUCGACUCAUUACUAAACAGACCUCAAAGGAUGGUAUAUUGGUGCAGAAAAUCAUGAUAGCCGAGUCAGUAGAUAUUGCACGAGAAACUUAUGUUUGUAUUCUCAUGGAUCGUCAAUAUAACGGCCCGGUACUGAUAGCGUCUCCAGCGGGUGGAAUGGACAUCGAGGCAGUUGCAGAAAAACACCCCGAACAAAUCAAAACCGUUCCAUUGGACAUUUAUCAUGGGAUUGAUGAUGAAAUAGCGAAAGAUGUAUGCAUUUUUCUGGGAUUCUCUGAUACAGAUAUUCUUGAUAAAGCUAUAUACGAAUUAAAAAACCUAUGGAAGUUGUUUGUGGAUAUCGAUGCCCUGCAAGUUGAAAUAAAUCCACUGGUGGAAACGACGGACAAACAAGUAGUUGCAGUAGAUGCAAAAAUCGCAUUUGAUGACAAUGCUCAAUUUAGACAGCAAGAUUUAUUUGCCUUGGAAGAUGUUAGCGAGAAAGAUCCCAGGGAAGUGGAUGCAUCGCGAUUUAAUUUGAAUUAUAUUGGUAUGGAUGGUAACAUAGGAUGUUUAGUAAACGGAGCUGGUCUAGCUAUGGCUACAAUGGAUAUCAUUAAAUUAAAUGGAGGAUCGCCAGCUAAUUUUUUGGAUGUUGGCGGUAAUGUGAAAGAGGAUCAAGUUUUCCAGGCAUUUAGAAUCCUCAGUGAAGAUCCAAAAGUCAAUGUCAUUCUUGUUAAUGUUUUCGGAGGUAUUGUAAAUUGCGCUACAAUAGCAAAAGGAAUUAUUGCAGCGUCGCGAAAUUUAGGACUUAAAAUACCGCUUGUUGUAAGAUUAGAAGGUAAUAAUGUGGCAGAAGCCAAAAAAAUUUUAUCUGAAUCUGGAUUACCUAUUCUCAUAGCAAAUAAUUUGGAUGAGGCGGCAAAAAAAGCGGUAAUCUCUGUAAAAGCAUAAUCAAUAUGACAGUACACUGUUCAUAUCUAUCUAAGACUGGCAACUUUGGUUUAUAUAAGGAAACGAUAACUUCACGCCAACAACUUAGGGUAGGAAACUCUAUACAAUUUUUUCAAGAUAGAAUGCGAAUAUCCUUAUCGAUUGUUUACAUAGUAUUUAGUUUUCACAUAUUCAUCUAUAUGCUCAAGCAUUUAAAAUGCUACAUAUUGUUGUUGUUGAAUCUUAUUGUUGCAACCUGCGAUUUGAUUAUCCAUAGUGACAUAUAUUCCGAUCUCGCAUUUAUUAACAUAUUGGAUUAAUCAUGAAUAUUGCAAAUAACUUUCUCUGUUAUUGUAAUAAAAUAAGAUUAUGUCGUUACUAGAAUUUUGAAAAAAAAAUCAUCUCAAUUCUGCGAAGUUGGAAUGUAUAUCAUGGUUCUUCGUUUUAUUUGUGGUAUUUAUAUCAUUGAGUAAGAUAUUUGAGAUAUCAUUAUCAAUCUAGGUAUACGAAUUCAAGACUAAUAUUGGAUGCAGAUGUCGGUUUCUAAUUUAGUCUUGUGAGUUGCUCCACAUUUAUUUUAGUUAAUUUCAAACGACGAAUUAUGUAGAUGGAUAUUUGUUUGUUUAUUAAUGUUAUU